ACACAGUCGAGAGGAUACUGUUGUUUGUGGUAGUGUGUGUGUUUUACAUCUUGUUUAGAAUACCUUUCAAGUUGAGAAGAUCUUAUCAGUUUCGACCAGCUAUAAUAUCAGCCGAAAAUAUCAUAUAAUAAUAUCUGUAUGAUAUCUAUGCAAAAUCAAACGCACGCAUAAUGAUGAAGAUAUUGUUGGUGGGGGCAGCUGUGGUGGUGGCCACCCUGGGCCAUACGGUCCACCUGGGCCGCACCUGUCCGUCCGUCUUCCCCUUCCCCAACCUCUCCAUUGACAAGGUGUUGGGGAUGUGGUACGUGGCGUACAAGUUCGACACGGACAACACCUGCUUGGUGUGGAACAUCACUCGCGGCCAGCUGCCCGACACCCUGCUGGUGAAGGAGACGAGGCAGCUGCCACUGCUGGACCUGCUUGGCGUAGAUCACACCCACGCUAUCACCGCCCUGGUUGACAUUCCCAACCCGGAGGUCCCGGGCAAGAUGCGGAUACGCUGGCCCACCUCAGCACUGACGGGCAAGGCUGACUUCAUCGUCUUCGACACCGACUACGAGAGCUACAUGGCGGUGUUCGAGUGUGACCGCGCCGGCCUCCUGCACCGCCGGUCAGCCACCAUACUCUCCCGCACCCACAACAUUGACAAUAUGUUCGUCAGCAGGGUGCGACGUCUGCUGGACACGGCUGAUGUGCGACACUCUGCUCUCUCUACAAUUAACCACGACUCCUGCCGACGCUCUGGACAACACAAUUGGCACGUGGACGAGGAACUGUUCGGGUUGCUACCGGGAGUGGACGAAGAGGAGGUGCGGCGACGCGUGUCUGCAGGCGUCGUGGACUACGAUAUCUCGCAGCUGGAGAUUGUUGGCGAGGGUGUCGAUUCUUUCAGAGGAAGCCUCAAGAAGGCUCAGGACCAGUCGAAGAGUGAUCAAACCAAGCCUUCUGUGUGAUAAACAUAAUGUACUUUUCACAGACCUCUAAGCUGGUAAAGCUUGUCUAACACAGAUAUGUCUUCCAGUGUCAGCAGUCGUUUCAUACCCAACCUUACGGCAGUACGUCAGGACGUACUCAGAGGUCACAGGAACGAUUUUAGUCAAUAAUAUUAUCAUGCAGAGUUAUCGACACGUCAUAGGGAUUCUAUAGGAAUUCACUGCUGCAACUGUGGCAAAAAAAGUAGACCUUCAAUCACAAGGUUACUUCAGAAACGAGUAAUGUGCCUUAUAGUUACACUUUCAACUGAAUAUAUCAAGGCCGGACAUACACGCAGUGUCUGGUUACAUAGUGCUACUGAGAUUAUACUUGGCAGCCAAGAGUCAUCUUAGGACCAAUACGCAUGGCUAUAUUAGAGAUAUAGGCUGUUAUUGUGAGUGUUCUCAAAUGUGCGUGCGUACCCUAGUGAUAACAUGGAGACUGCCGAAAAAUAUAUACUUGAUCUUUACUAAACGUUCUUGAGUGUCUGGUGCAAAACCUGGCAGCUGCUGCUGUUUACAAGACCACUAUACCUUUAGAUGAAAUAUAUAAUAGUAAAUUUUAUCAUUUGAAAAUUGCAGAAAAUGCAACAACUCUCCACGCCAUGUAAAUAAUUUAUUUAAUUUAAUAAGUAAUAUUUAUGCUUAAACUUAGAAACGGGUUUUGGCUUUAUUGGAAAAUAAAUUUAUAAAUGCAUGUUAAAAAGAAUCUCAGGUUUUGAAUCAUAGAAUAUUAAGCCUAUUGGUAACUGGUGAAGGACUGGCAAUGAUGGUCUUUGAAAUGAAGUUCCUCGACCAUAGUGGAGUCUGUAAAAGAGAUGUUUUAACACUAAACCAUCUAAACCAAAGAUGUUUUAACACAUGAUGACAAAUGUUCCUGCUGUGUUCACUGACAUGCUACAGAGUCGGUAACAUGUAGUCUCACAUUAAAAUCUAAAAUAUACAAUAUGUAUAUAUAUAUAUAUAUAUAUAUAUAUAUAUAUAUAUAUAUAUAUAUAUAUAUAUAUAUAUAUAUAUAUAUAUAUAUAUGCUAGUUUUUUGAAGAUGCUGGGUUCCAGGCUAAUUGGAACAACUAGAGACCUUAGAGCCGCCAGUUUCCUCUUUCAGCGCCUUAGUGUGGCGACCAAGAGAGGAAAUGCUCACUGCAUCCAUGGUUCCUACCCGCCAUCUGAGGAGCUGGAUGAACUCUACAACUUGUGACAAGUAUCCUUGUACCCGACAUGUAACCAAUCUUGUAACCCUUUUUGUGUAAUGAAAUUUUAAAACAAAGUGAGAUAUACAUAUAUAUACACACAUAAAAAGAAUAGGGGUGGUAGGAGAAGAAAAUAUCAAAAUGUUCAGUGAGGAUCCACAAGGUCUUCUCUGAGUACUCUUUAUUUUCUUCUCCGAGGCUAUGGGUCCCUACACUUGCACCAGAGUUGGUACUUCUAUAUAUAUAUUAUACUGUAUAUUUUGUUUUCUAUCCUUUGCAGAUAUUUUCUUGUGAAUAUUACAUAUUUGGUAUGUCAGACACGAACAUUCUGAACAUGUGGAAUGUCAGUUACAAUCUGAGAGCGUUCUAAGGGAGCUAACUAAUUAUUAGAGGAAUACAUUGAGCUUUGUAGUGGUUUGUAAGUUAAACAAAUUCCUUAAUAUUAGUAACUGGGGUUUAUAUUGAAAUUUGCAGUAAUUUGGAAGUUAAUAAUAAGAAUAAUUAAUAAUUAACAAAGAAUAUAAAAUUGACGAAUGAUAGAUGCAUUAACAAUUUUCAGAAUUAAAAAGUGACAGACGUAUAGUCAAUUUUAGAUUAACAUUAGUGGACAUACUCCAGUUAGUGUUGUAGAGUAUGACCCAGUUCCUUAUCACAGUUUACACCGAAUAUUUUUAGUGACUGUGUGCAGGUGUUGUUUUGUAACCCGUACAGGAUGCUAUAGAGCGUCCUGUUGACGCAUGGGCUGAACCCUCAAGUGUAAACAUUUUGCCCGGGACACCUUCGACUAUGACAACAAUUGCCUUUAAUAUUACUCAACAGCGGCAUCAGGAAUUGUUGGCCAAGCACUUCUGUCCUACCGCGAGAACAGAAGCCGGGACCUCUCGGCUGUAACCCAACUAGAAUUAUGGUCUCUACAAUUUCAUCGAAUUAACUCCAUUUUUAUCACAAAUGUCUAAGAAAUAUUUAAGUAUUUCAUUAAAAAUUAUGUACUACCAGAAAUCUUAGCCCAAGGAAGAUAGUGAUGUGUUUGUAAACUUUCCACCGCCGCCCCAUGAAUGGAUGUAGGGGUUAGUAAAUCAAUAUUGAGCGUAAUUAGUUCAUCACAAAUGUCAAUGACUUUGAUUGGAGAUAAUUGUUGUAGUCCAUUAUGCUAUGAAACUGGUGAACUAUACAAUAAACUAUGUAACUAGCUUA